ACCAUCUUAGCUCAGCAGCGCGCUGGCCCCUUAAAUCCCCCCCCCCCACGCCGCCGCCGCCGCCGCCGCCGCGGCAGGAGAAACCCAGGGCUGCUCGCUUGUUGGCCACCCCGCCUGAGCGCGGCCCGGCCCACCAACGACCUUCCCGAAGGCCGGACGGAGCGCGAGGCGUCUCCUGAGCGACCUGCUGCCCGCCCAGACCGGCGGCUCCACUGCCCCCUCCUGCGUUUAAAUCAAAAUGGGAUUCAUCUUUUCAAAAUCUAUGAAUGAAAACCUGAAGAGUCAACAGGAGUUCAUGCUCAUGAACUCCCGACUUCAGCUGGAAAGACAGCUACUGAUGCAGAAUCAAAUGCGAGAGAGACAGAUGGCUAUGCAGAUUGCUUGGACAAGGGAAUUCCUCAAAUAUUUUGGAAUAUUUUUUGGACUUGCUGCUGUAGGUCUAACUACUGGAGCAAUAAAAAACAAGAAACCAGGACUGUUCCUUCCAGUGGUUCCCUUAAGCUUUAUACUUGCCUACCAGUAUGAUAUGGGUUAUGGAACACUUUUGCAAAGGAUGAAGGGUGAAGCAGAGAACAUACUUGACACAGAGAACACCUUGCUAGAAAUGCCAAAAGGAGCCCUCACUUUUGAAAGCCUUGAAAAAGCCAGAAGAGCUCAGAGCAAGUUCUUUAUAGAAAAAUAAGAAGACUGUAACCACUCAAUACUUCAAAACACAAAAUUAUUUGUAAUCAUGUUGCUGACUUAAAAUGUCAAAUUAUUAGUUUUGAGAACACAAUCUUUUUAAAAUAAAAUAAAAUAAAUUUCAUUUAAAAAUA